AUGUUGAAGCCCUUCUACCCAGCAGACCCUGCGACGGCCAGUGGUCGCAAAGUCAAUAUUAUCAUCAUUCCGGGCCUCUCAACCUUACCCCCCACAGCGUGGUCGAAUGACUCCGGACAAUGGAUCAACCAGCUCAUAGACAAUUCCAACGCUCGAGCUCAGGCAUGGCUAUACGAUUAUCAGGGCGGUUCGAGCUCCGAUACUAUCAUCCAGAGGAUUGCCGACGAGGGACAGCGUCUUCUCUCCUGCCUUGACAACUUCUGCUCUGAGCGAGUUCCCGAUUCACCCGAAGAAAUGGAGUCACCCAAAAGUGGCGACUCGCCCAAGGCCAACGAGUCUCAAUCACCCACUGAACAGCAGAAUGUUCACGUGCCAAAGAAGCCACGGCAUGCAAAGCGCAAGCCUCUGUUCUUCAUAUGUCACAGCCUCGGGGGUAUUGUCCUCAAACAAGCACUGUCGAUCACUAAGACUCAUGUCUUUAGGCACCUCGAGGUGGUUGAAGUCAUCUCCGGCAUCGUCCUGCUAGGGACGCCGCAUGUCCCUCUGACUGUCAAGGCGUCACCCAAUAUCUUAGAGCUCAUCAUGCGCUUGCAGCCAACUAGCUCACUGAGGAAAACUGCAUUCACGACCCACGACAACUCAUUCCUUGCAAAGUGCUGCUCUGAUUUCCACCUCCUCCGCAUCGAAGUGCCGAUCGUGAUUGGCUAUGAGACUGCCGAAUCGCGCGUCCACGUAGGCAUGUUCAAAACAAGCCAGGUGAUCAUUGUACCGAAAGAAUUGGCUCUAACCGAUUCCAAGCACCAGAAUGCUUUCGCAAUGGAUCAGAACCACGAGAACACAUGCAAGAUCGAGAUCAGCAGCCCUCUUUUCCACGCGAUAGAGGAGUCUCUGAAGCGAGCUCUAGAUAUUGCUCCAGAGCUGAUCUAUAAAAGAUUCUAUGCUAGCACUCGUGAUGUUAAUGACAUGGGCAUGAUUCGCAGCUUGACUACCAACAACGAAAAAGGUCAAGCAUUGAUGAUCCCCGUCCUAAAGCAAGAAGAGCCUACCCUCUGUCUCUCUCAGUCACCUAUGAGCUCGCGCGACGCGACGUACGGAGGAUCUACGAAUGCGCCACGCCCCGUGGGUAGCGACAAGGUGGUCACCAAUUUCGAGAUUGUCAAUAAGAACCCUUGUCUACCCUGCUUCUCAAUGAAGGUGCACAAGCGACAGAAGGGCUUCUUCGGAAGGGAAAGCACCCUCGAUCUCAUCGACGCGGUCCUGCUGCCUGAGAAUCGCCACGAGGAUGGCAGUCUAGAGGAACAAGCUUCAACGAUUCAUUCCUAUGCCCUGUGCGGGAUGGGCGGGAUGGGCAAGACUCAGAUCGCCGUCGAGUAUGCGUAUUCCCGCAGAAACAAGUUCAAUGCAAUCUUCUUUGUCACGGCUGAUACUAAGAAUAUACUUUCUGAAGAAUUCGCGUGCAUCGCUGUAGAAUUGGGGCUUGAAGAAGAGAGUGAGACUAAGGAUCUCACCGUAUCGUGUGAGAUUGUGAAAGGGUGGCUUUCCAAUCCAGUCAAGGCAUACGAUGCAAAGGACCCUAACUCGCCGGAUAAUGAGGCAUCGUGGCUGCUGAUUUUCGACAACGCCGAUGACUCAGAGGUUCUUGAUGAUUUUUGGCCGAACACAGGCUUGGGUUCCGUUCUCGUCAUGAGCAGAGACUCUGAGGCCAAGGAGCACAGCUACUUGGCAAAUGAUGGCAUUGACUUGCAGCCGUUUUCUUCUGAAGACGCGAUCAUGUUUCUACAGACCGUGACAAGGAGGAACAAGCAGCCUGGCCAAGAGCGAUACGCGGCUGAGAUGGUCGAAAGGCUUGGUGGGAUGCCAUACCUCAUCACCCAAAUGGCGGGUGUUAUGUCCCGGCUGCGACUGUCAUAUUCGGAUUUCCUCAAACUAUAUAACGCCAGUGGUAUCGAUGACACCAUUUCUGUGGGUGGCGGCGGAUCGAAGGUCUCAACAGAAGCGAAAAUCCAUUCCAUAUCGUCAAAGGUCGGCCUGGACGGUCUUCAACCUUCCAGCUUGGCACUACUCUGCCUCAUCUCCGUCUUAGACCCCGAUCGAAUUCCUGAAAAUAUCCUGGCCAGUGCAUGCACGACCUCAGCCGAUGGGAUAGAGGACUUUCCCAAAAACCUUGGACAGUACUAUGAGGUGCGCGCAGAACUCCUGCAAACCUCGUUGAUCAACCAAAACCCGGAGACAGGAGAUAUAUGGGUCCAUCGUAUCCUUCAAGAUGUAGUUCGUGAGAAGAUCGGCCAGGAGCUGUUGGCGAAGUUCUUCCACUUCGCUGUGCGUGCGAUGUCACUCAUCUGGCCCUUCACUUCGCUUGAGAAUCGGUUCAGCACCAAGCGCUACCCCGCCUGUGCCGCUUUGUUUCCAAGUGUUGUUCGACUACGGAAUGUACAUGAAACCAUGCUUCCACAGGGAAAUUCUCGUCACCAACUCUCUUCCGCUAAGCUAUUUGGUGAUACUGGCUGGUACCGUUUCGAACGAGGCUUCCAAGAGGAAUCGAAGGAGUGGUUCGAAAUCGUUAUGAGGAUCUGCGACGGCUUUGAGGACAAGACCAGCACUGAGGCGAUAUACAUGAUCCGCGACACUCACCACAAUCUUGGUACCGCGGCCGGUGAGACUAACGAUACAAAGAGCUUCCUCAAGCAUGCCGGAAUAUGGCUCGAGAUGCUGCAAGAGCGUGGAUCCGACGCGGACGGGAAUCCCAUCAUCGACUACGAGCUUGCCAUGGGCUUCAACGAGACCGGUGUCGCGCACGCCAUGGACAGACAGUAUGAGGUAGCCAUCACGUUCUUCGAGAGGGCCAUUCGAACUUACAAGGCGCUGCCGCACUACCAAGACACUAUGCUCGGCUGGUCUGCAUCAAACAUUGGCCUCAUGUACUGGGUUCUUGGCCGUCUUCAUGAGGCCGAGCAAGCGUUACUCGAGAUAAUCGAGAUAUUCAGGAAGGCAAACGGAUACGAUGACACUCUUUCUUUCAAGCAUCACCGUAUCGGUGAUAUCUGCCAUCGACUUACAGAUGACAAUCUUCGCUUGAGAAACUUGGCAGAGGCCCAAGUCCUCAUCAACCAGGCAAUCAAGGUGUUCAGCGAGCGGCCUCAGUACGUGCAGGAACUUGCACGCUCAACGUACAAGGCUUCGCAGGUGUCAGCAGCCAUAGGGAAUCAAAAGAAAGCAGACUCGGAACUGCGAGACGCGUUCCAGUUAUACCAGCAGCUGGUUCCAGGAGACAGGAGAGGAAUUGACGAGAUUAAGGAGGCGGAUUAUGACUCUCUGGUGGUGUUUUACUCUCGCUGA